GCCGCGAGCCUUGUACGGCACCGUCCGCCCGUAUAUAUGCGCGUGCGCGCCACCGCGCUCUCUGUCGCCGCCCGCCACCAGACGCAGUGUUGACGAGCGAGUGCAGUUUGAGCGAGCGAGUCAGCAGCAGUAGCCGACAUGUGUGACGACGAUGCGGGCGCGCUUGUAGUGGACAAUGGCUCCGGCAUGUGCAAGGCAGGCUUCGCCGGUGACGACGCGCCGCGCGCCGUCUUCCCGUCUAUCGUGGGCCGUCCUCGCCACCAGGGUGUAAUGGUGGGCAUGGGUCAAAAAGACUCGUACGUGGGUGACGAGGCCCAGAGCAAGAGAGGUAUCCUCACUUUGAAAUACCCCAUCGAGCAUGGUAUUAUCACUAACUGGGACGACAUGGAAAAGAUCUGGCAUCACACCUUUUACAACGAGUUACGCGUCGCGCCUGAAGAGCACCCAAUCCUGCUUACAGAGGCCCCGCUCAACCCAAAGGCCAACCGCGAGAAAAUGACACAGAUUAUGUUCGAGACUUUUAACUGCCCCGCCAUGUAUGUCGCCAUCCAGGCCGUGCUCUCUCUUUAUGCUUCUGGUCGUACCACCGGUAUUGUGCUGGACUCCGGUGACGGCGUCUCCCAUACUGUGCCCAUUUAUGAAGGUUACGCCCUUCCCCAUGCUAUUCUCCGCCUAGACUUGGCCGGACGCGACUUGACCGAUUACCUUAUGAAGAUCCUCACGGAGAGAGGCUACUCCUUCACCACCACCGCCGAGCGAGAAAUUGUUCGCGACAUUAAGGAGAAGCUAUGCUACGUCGCGCUGGACUUUGAGCAGGAGAUGCAGACGGCGGCGGCGUCCACGUCACUGGAGAAGUCAUAUGAGCUUCCCGACGGUCAAGUCAUCACCAUCGGUAACGAGAGGUUCCGCUGCCCCGAGGCUCUCUUCCAGCCGUCCUUUUUAGGCAUGGAAUCGUGCGGUAUUCACGAGACCGUGUACAAUUCCAUCAUGAAGUGCGACGUCGACAUCCGCAAGGAUUUGUACGCUAACACAGUACUAUCCGGCGGCACCACCAUGUACCCAGGUAUCGCCGACAGGAUGCAGAAAGAGAUCACCGCUCUCGCUCCCUCCACCAUUAAGAUCAAGAUCAUCGCUCCCCCCGAGAGGAAGUACUCCGUAUGGAUCGGUGGCUCCAUUCUGGCCUCCCUGUCCACCUUCCAGCAGAUGUGGAUCUCGAAGCAAGAGUAUGACGAGUCGGGCCCCGGAAUCGUGCACCGCAAAUGUUUCUAAUAAAUUUAUGUAUCUCGUGCGCUUUUAUUCGAAUUUUAUACCGGCCACUGUACAAAUGUAUUUACUUUGCUCACGCUCUCGGAGACUGCUCGCUCUUGCGUUAUCGUGUAAGUGAUUUAAUUAAGGCAAUGUGGU